CGGCCCGUGGCGAGGCGGCGCCGGGACCCUGCCCAGCCCGGAGCGGGAGCGGAGCUCGGGUUCGGAUCCCGCCGCCGGCGGCAGCAGCAGCAGCAGCAGCGCUCCCCGGGCCGCGGCGAGGGGCGAGCUCCGGGCCGGGACAAAGGGCCAUGGCCGAGCGGGCCGCUGCCCAGGUCCCAGUGACGUUUGAUGACGUCUCCGUCUGUUUCUCCGAGCCGGAGUGGGAGAACUUAGACGGAGGGCAGAAGGAGCUGUACAAGAACACGAUGAAGGGGAAUUACGAGACCCUGAUCUCGCUGGACUACGCCGUCUCCAAACCCGACAUCCAGAUAGAGCAGGGGGAGGAGCCGUGUGUCAGGGAUCAGGAGGACUCCGAGAGGAGAGAGAGCCCUCCGGAGCCCUGCUCGGCAGAUAGCGGGGUGGUAGUCAAAGUGGAGGAGGAGAGCCCUGAAGAGGAGCCGGAGAACUUGGAGCUACAAAGGACGUUGCCGGAAAUGGAGGUUUUCCAGUGUCCGGAGCAGGAAACAACUCAUGAGGAUAGUCUGUGCAGCCCCGAGAGGGAGCCCGCGGCCCUGCCCGGAAACGGCCUGGAGGAGCCGUCUCAGUGCGGGACAGACCCCCAGGAGCUCGAGCCGUUGCUUGUUCAGCUGCAGAGCCCCACGGCAGCCAGGCUGUUCGUAUGCGCCGAGUGUGGGAAGAGCUUCCGCAGCCAGCAGCAUCUCACCCUGCAUCAGAGGGACCACGUGGGAGCAGGGGCCUGCCUGCCGCAGCCCGGGGAGAGCUUCGCCCUGAAACCCGGCCCCAGACCCCACCCCGGGGCCCAGGCGGGAGGCAAACCCUACAAGUGCUCUGAGUGCGAGCGCAGCUUCUGCCACAGGUCCAGCCUGCGGAAGCACCACCUGUCGCACACCGGGGAGCGGCCCUACACCUGCGCCGAGUGCCGGAAGAGCUUCAAGCAGAGGGUGAGCCUGGUGCUGCACCAGCGGAUCCACUCGGACAGGAGCGAAGGCUCCUUCAUCUGCACACAGUGCGGCAAGUACUUCAGCCACCACUCCAACCUGACGCGGCACCUGCGCAUCCACACGGGGGAGCGGCCCUACAAGUGCACCGAGUGCGAGAAGAGCUUCACGCGCAACCAGUACCUGGUGGAGCACCAGCGCAUGCACGCGGGCGAGCGCCCCUAUCACUGCGCCGAGUGCGGCAAGAGCUUCCGCUACAAGCGCUCGCUCUACUACCACCAGAACAUCCACCCUGGGAAGGGCUUCCCUGGGCCGGGGCCAGGCCACCUUCUGUCAGUCCCGUCCUUUGUCUUUAUUCAUGAACAGGACGUCAGCUGCUGGUUGUGUCAGCGGGUGCAGUCUGCACGAGAGGAGGUUCACGGUCUCCUCUUCUGCCUGUGGCUCAAUGUGCAGCCGGGCCCGUGGUGUGAGCUGUCCCGUCACACACGGCUCUGGAGGGAGAGCGGGGUCUGCUACCUCCUGCCUGAAAAGAGUAUUUCCAAGAAAAUAACAGGCAAACCAGCUGGCUCAGCACUGAGAUCUCAGAUGCUCACCCUGUGGUCUAAGAAAUCUACCCCGUCCGUUGUCUGUCCGUCAGGAACUCACUUAAGCUACAUGGCUAUAGGGCAGUUUUAUAUUGAAGUCAAACUGCCCUCACGUGGAGGAGACUCUCCUAGGUUGGAUCAAGACCUCAACUCUCUCAAUUUCUGUCCUUGCACCCAGGCUCGGGAAUGGGACAUGGAGUCCCUGCACUUGGCUCCUCUGCAACCGCACAUUGUCCCCAAGCGAACUGCUGCGGGAGAAACCCAGCUGCAAACGGCAGAGAUCUCCCUGUGGACUGUAGUGGCUGCAAUUCAAGCCGUGGAGAGGAAGGUGGAUUCCCAUGCCACGCAGUUAUUGAGUCUGGAGGGCAGAACAGGGACAGCUGAGAAGAAAAUAUCUGACACAGAGAAAGGAAUGAUGGAGUUUAGUAACCAACUGGCCAUGCUAGGAUCUCUGAUCCAGGAAUAUGGACUGAUGCAGAGGAGGCUGGAAAACAUGGAGAACCUGCUGAAGAACAGGAACUUCUGGAUCCUGAGACUGCCCCCAGGCACUAAGGGAGAAGUCCCCAAGGUGCCAGUGACGUUCGAUGAUGUUUCAGUCUAUUUCUCUGAGCAGGAGUGGGGGAAAUUGGACGAUUGGCAGAAAGACCUUUACAAGAACGUGAUGAAAGGCAACUAUGAAUCAUUGAUCUCAUUGGACUACGCCAUCUCCAAACCUGACCUUCUGUCCAGGAUUGAACGGGGGGAGGAGCCGUGUAGGGUGGCUCAGGAGGACUCUGAGGAGAGCGUGAUCCCGAAGGAGCCUAGCACAGAAUUGCUGAGCCUUACUCAUGACACUGUAUCGUGGGUAAAACAAGAAGACCUGUACAUCAGGGAUCAGUGGGACUCAGAGGAGAGAGAGAUCUCUACAGAGCCCAGCACAGCAGAUGACGAGGUUGUAGUCAAAGCUGAGGAGGGAAUCCCGGUGAGCCUGGAGCUGUACAGCACGUUGCCUGAACGACCAGAAGAGACUGUUUUCCAGUACCCUGAGCAGGAUCCGAUCUGUGACGAUCAGGGCAACGUCAGCAUCCAGGGAGAAUACCCUGAUGGGAACAGUCUGGGGGACUCGGCUGCAGGCGAGAGAGACUUCAGUAACUUCACCACAAUCAUUGUCCAAGAGGAGAGCCUCCCAGGAGAGGCACCGUAUGUCUGUUCUGAAUGUGGGAAAAGCUUCCUCUACGAGCAGCAGUGCGUACUGCACCAGAGGAUCCAUGGUGAAGCCCACAUGCCUCCUGAGCACAGGGAGAACUUCAAGCAAAACCACUGUCUCAAAUCCUGCCCACAGAUCCAGCCAGGGGAGAGAGUCUAUAACUGCCCUGAGUGUGAGCAGAGCUUCCCUCACAAGUCGAGCCUCAGCAAACACCAGCUCUCCCACACGGGGGACCGGCCAUACACCUGUGCUGAGUGCAAGAAGAGCUUCCAGCUGAAGAUUAACCUCAUGAUACACCAGAGGAGUCACGCAGGGAAGAGCAGGGGCUUGUAUAUCUGCAACGAAUGUGGGAGGGGCUUUAACCACCAUUCGAACUUCAUUAGGCACCAGAUGAUCCACACUGGGGAGAGACCCUAUGGCUGCACCGAGUGCGGGAAAACCUUCAUGCGGAAGGAGCAUCUCCUGACCCACCGGCGCCUGCACACGGGAGAACGGCCCUACCAGUGCACCGAGUGCCGGAAGAGCUUCACCCGCAAACAGCAUCUGGUGGGACACCAGCGCAUCCACACGGGAGAGAAACUCUGGGGGACGCUGGCAGCACAGAGACGCUUGCACGACCUGCCAGGCAAAGCGCACAGGGGAGAGCCUGUGUCGCCGCCCUUGAUGCACAAGGAGUUCCCCCCGUAGAUGCUGUGUUAAAUGCUCCCAGGGAACUCUGGCUGGGGACAAUGAUCGUGAUGGCAUCUGAGCAAGGGAGUGAGACCAACUCUCUGAGUGUUGAACAGGGAACUAAAUGUCAGCGGGAUGAUCUGUGGAGAGGUCUAGGCUGCUGCUUUGUUAACAGUUGAGUCCAUUCCCACUAUGGCAAAGAACAGCUAGGCAGCCUCAGUGCUCCAUGGGAAGCUUGUCGUUCUUUUCCUGUGUUUCACUCUUGCUAAUUCAUUACACUAAAGGUAGUUGCAUCUUUCUUAAACCAACGAGAGCUACUUUUCAGUGUUCAUAGGUGUUUGACCUGUCAAUCAGGAUUCCCAGCUUGUGGUAUGGAGGUAAGGUGCCCUUUGGAAAGGGGAAACCAUCUCUGUCAGUUAAUGGAACACGUUCACUUUCUUUUACAAUUUUUAAUCAUUGUCACUGGCUCAUGUUCAGUGUUCUUGAUGGCAGCAGACGUCUUUCCCUUGGGGCUGUCUCAGGCACCAUUCAAAUGAUGGAUUCCGUGCUUGAGACAUCACAGGGCUGCUAUUAACCUGUGAGCAUCGUGAAAUCUGGAUAAAUGUCCAGGAGCCCACUGAAGUAACAGACUGUUUGGGGGACAUUUUCAGCAGUGCCUGAGUGAGUCAGUCCCAUUGACUGUCCAGGAGGGGGUCGAACGGGGACUCUUCCACAUGGGCCCAUCCCCCAAGGGAAGUAGCUGGUUAAUAUUUACAUUCCUCUGUUCCAGUAGUUCUAAACCUGUGGCCUGCCAUCGGGCCUCAUGCAGCUGGGUCCAGGGUCGGGUCUCCUGCCCAACCACACACAGUGGGGUCCAGGGUCCCCGCUGCCUGGUCCCCCACCCAGGGCUCUGCUCCUGGCCCCGCUCUGUCGAGGGGUCUCUGAGUGGGAGGUGCUGGAGUUAGGGGGUGGGUGGAGGUGGGCGCGCGCUCUGGUUCUCAACCUGUGGCCCAAGUAACACAUUGUGGGCUGCAUUUAUGGCCUACAAUGAUCAAUAGGUUGAGAACCACUGCUCUGUUCGUAUCCAUGUGAGUAGAGCUGUUGCCCUGAGAGUCAUUCACAUGUGUGUUCUCUCAAAUCGUCUUUUCAAAAUGCACAAUAAUAAAAUGUACAAUGAACAGCAAAACAAAGAUACCAUCAGAAACAGACCAUCUGCCAAAUGCAGCUCAGCCUGGCGUGCAGCAUCAGUACCUUUCAUUGCACUUAUCUGUCCGGUCUGAAAUACCAUGAGACAGGGGGAGUGAUUUAAAAAGAAUUCUUACUUGCCGUGUUUGCGAUAAUUACAAAAAAAAGCUUAUUGGAAAAAAUUGUCAGAUGAUUAAGUUCCUCAGAGGCACCCUCCGUAUCUAUCUGAUUGUGAAUUCCAUCCCAACCCUAAUGGAACAGUUUCUGGCCCCACUGACUUCCGGGGGACUGAGCAUAGGAUAAGUGCUCACCAGUGAGAGAAAGGGGUUGAAAAUCUAGUCCAGAGGGUUUGGGCCCAGCCUGCACAAGCUGGGAGGGAACGGUGGUGCUGAGAACAGCUUGUUGUACAUGUAGAGAUCUUUGAGACUCACCUACGCCAUGUUCACACAGAUGUAGAACUAGAAGCUGGUUUCCCUGAGCAGCAUCCUGGACCAAGGGUCCUUUACUGUUAAAUUAUAACAUUGAUACCGUGGUAGUACCUCAAGGCCGCAACCAGGUCAGGGCCCCAUUGUGCUGUUCACUGUAUAGACGUAAUGCAGGACAGGUCCCUGCCCCAAAGAGCCUACAGUUUGCAAGACAAGAUGCAACAGGUAGAUGGGGUGGCAGAUCUUGCUACAGGGGUGUGCCCCUGGGCCACGUGUUCAAAGUUUCUGCUGCAGCCCUCAGGAUUACCAACCUGACCCGGGUUAAGGGGGGUGAGGAAGAAGGGAGCCAGGCUUGUUGCUGGGCGGAUGAGAGGAGAUGGGAGAAGGCUGCAAGGUGCUCACCUGUCCCAGGGAGUUGGAGCCUUGUGAUUGGGUGAACCCUGGGGGAUGGAGGGCUGCCUAAGCCAAUUGGAGUGGGGAGGAGGGGAGGCCAGCUCUGCCAGAGGGGAGCGCGAGCCCCCCCCCCCCCGAGCAAGAGGGGAAGACAGUGG